AAAGAUUUCCCCCAAUUAAACAUUUUACGCUAGUUUUAGUGUGUGUAUGGUUAAGUCAGUGUGUUUUCAAAAUGAACAUAACAUUGUUCGGUGAAUUGUUAGUAGCACCAGCUUCGAAAAUUCGUGUCGUUGUAGGGAACUGAAAGCUUUGGUGUUAUUACAUCGGUUUUGUUUUAAAUAACUAGCGGAAGUUUAGUAUUCGUAGCAUUUAACAUGAUACGCAAAUUAAGAACACAUUUUAGUUGCUUUCUUUUAAACUAAUGCAAGGUGCGUCCUAAAGCAAGAAAGUCUAGGCGAGUACGCAAUCAAAAUUUACUUAUUUGUUACGCCAUUUAUUGUAGCAAGUGUAUUAUUAAUAAUAAUAAUAAAUGCAGUGUGACCGAUUGCCAGUAAUAGUUGUGUUGUUUUUUGACAACAGAAAAGUUGGUUUAAUUCUGUAACUACUGCUGAAGUGAUCUCAAGGAAGUAGUAAAUUGCAAUUGUGCGAACAUAUUUUGAAUCUAAACCGUAUUUUUUAUGCAGUGUUAUGAAAUUUAUAAACAUGUGAUUAUUGAACAAAAUAUUAAUAUCAGAUGUCUCCUUCCAAAGAUGAUAUAUCUGCAUUUGCAGUUUACAGUUCCUCGAAAAAUAAAAAGAAAAGAAAUAGGAAAUCUAAAGUCAGUAUACAGGAAUCUGAGGAUAUGUUUCGAGAAGAAGAGGAAUUUUAUGUUGAAGAAGUUUUAAAUGACCACAAUGAGCCUAGUGCUUCUAAUUCUUGUAACAAUAUUAAAGACAAGAAGAAGAAAAAAAGAAGCAAUUUAUCUUUUACAGUUACUAGUGAGCCACAAAGGGCUUCUGGUGUUGAAAUUAUAGAUGUUGAUGAGAAUUCUAAUGAUGUUCUACUAAUUGAGAAUACAAAAAAAGGAAAAAGGAGAAAAAUUGUUGUAUUGGAUCCUGAAAGUGAAGAAGUGGAAGAGGAGAUUAUAUUUGAGGAUAUAACUGGAAGGAAAACAAACAGAACUCAAUCAAAAAUAAAUUCCACAAAAGGAACAAAGCAAAAGAAAGGUACAGCGAGUUCAGAUGACUCGUCUGUGAGUCCAGAUGUUUGCAUAAUUGAAGAGGAAGAGAGUGAAGAAGAUGAGAGCUACAGUGGUAACAGUGUAGAUGAGGCCAGGAAAUUAUUUGCUUGGCUUAUAAAUCCAGUUAUUCCAGCAGAUUUCUUCAACAAUGCAUGGGAGAAAAGACCAGUGCAUGUAAAGCGUGGUGUUCCUGAGUACUACAAGCCUGUUGUAUCUACAUCAGAUAUAGACAAAAUGUUGAGAAAUAAUAAUGUUCAGUUUACGAAGAAUUUGGAUGUAACAUCAUAUUCUAAUGGUAAAAGAGAGACUCAUAAUCCUGUUGGCCGUGCUCUGCCAAACAUUGUGUGGGAUUAUUACAAGAAUGGCUGCAGUGUUCGUCUGCUUAAUCCGCAGACAUAUAUUCCAAAACUCGCUCUUUUAAAUUCUUCUUUACAAGAAUACUUUGGUUGUUCUGUUGGAGCAAAUAUAUACUUGACACCUCCAGACACUCAAGGCUUUGCACCACAUUAUGAUGACAUUGAAGCUUUUAUUAUGCAAGUUGAAGGGCAGAAACACUGGAAACUGUAUGCACCAAAGUCAGAAUCUGCAACUCUACCAAGAUUUUCGAGUGGAAACUUCACUGAGGAUGAAAUAGGGAAACCUAUAAUGGAACUCACUCUUCAGCCAGGUGAUUUGUUGUAUUUUCCACGAGGCACAAUUCACCAGGGUCGGGCUGUACCAGGAAGCCACUCGUUACACAUUACGCUGUCAUGCUAUCAGCGUAACACAUGGGGUGAUUUAAUGGAAAAGGUAGUUACUGCAGCUGUACGAAUUGCGGUGGAAGAGAAUAUUGAAUUUCGGAGGGGGUUGCCUCAAGAUUAUUUGAACUUCAUGGGCAUUGCACAUAGUCAUGAAUCUUCAUCACAAAGAACAGACUUCAUUGAUAAGAUAAAAUCUCUUACAAUGAAACUGUUUGACUAUGCACCAAUUGAUGCAGCAGUUGAUCAGAUGGGAAAACAAUUUCUUCAUGAUGCAUUGCCACCAGUGCUAACUGCAGAAGAGAAGCAGUGUUCAUCUUUUGGAGAUGGUCACAGAAUGGGGCCCAAUGGAAAGCUUAUCAGUGGUGGUGAAAUUACUUUGGAAACAAAAAUAAAGUUGCUAAGAGCUCAUAUUGUCAGGUUGGUCUCUGAAGAAGAUUCUGUCCGGAUAUACCACAGUAUUGAUAAUUCACUUGAAUAUCAUGGGGAGGAACCACAAUACCUUGAGAUUGCUUUUGAACUUGCCCCAGCUGUAGAACAUCUUAUCUGUUCUUAUCCUGAAUUUAUUAAAGUCUCAGAAUUGCCUUUGGAGUCAGAAGAGCAAAAGGUGCAGAUCAUUGGUGACCUGUGGGAAAGAGGACUUCUGUUAACUGAUGGAAUUCUGAAACCAGUAAUUGAUUGUUAAUAUGAUGUUCCAUCAUUGUUCUUGUAUGUGGAUGUCAACAGUGAAAUAGGUAAUUAUCAUCUGAAGAACGAUGCUUAAUGUAUGACUUGUAUCACACAUAAAGUACGUAAAUAUUA